AUGGAGGAAUUGCAGACAGUAAAAGCCCCAACCAGGAGUCACGCAUGCCAAGUUUGUUGUGUAGCUUCCAUGUCCCUUGCUACCUUUGGCUGCAACAACACCGCUCUUGGGUGUGCUCUGGUCCGGGUUGCGCUGCAAGGGCAGACGAUCACGGCUGCGCCGGUGCUUCAAGCGCUGAUGGCCUUUUCUUCGCUUCACCGCUACGGCCUGCAGUCCCAAGCUUUGGAGCUGAAAGUCGCUGCGCUGGGAAGUCUGGCAAAAGAACCAGGAGCGCCGAGUUUGGGGGUGGAGGCGACCCUGCAGCAUGCCGCCACGGGCAUGCUGCUUUGUUCGUUCGAGAUCCACCAGUCGUCUUGCACUUCGGGCCACUGGCCCUUCUACCUUCAUGGUGUCAAGGCGGUCUUCGGCGCGUGCUCUGUUAAGAUGCUGCAUCAGCUUGGCCCCGAUGUGGCCGUCCUGCUGGACUGGGUAAACUACCACGACGUUCUCGCUCGUUUUUCCCUACUGCACUGGAGGAAAGGUGGUUCCCCGGACCUACCGCCAACCCCAACAGACCUCUUCUGUUCACAGGUAUCUAAUCUGCCGCCGCCCAUAUUUUGUAUGCUGGAUCUGUUGUCCCAAGUAUGCGAUGCGGUAUCUGGCAGCGCAAUCCUACUCGAAACAAGCGGCGGCGUGGGUGAUUACAAGAGCUUCCUGGAAGUCCUGGACUGGAGGAUUAGGAGCCUGUCGAUACCGAAAAUCCCGGAUGAUGAAAAUGAUGCCUCAGAUGACACCACAUUGGUUAUGCAACUGUACCAACUCGCGAUACUGUUGUUUCUUGACCGAUGUUUUGAGGACCUGAUCGACCAACCAGUCAGGACGCAACAGUAUAUCGACAAAGCAUUCGCUAUCCUCCCUCGGUUGAGCUUCUGCAAGCAGCAAUUCCCGAUUCACGUCAUUGGCUGCGAAGCGCGAACAGAUGAGCAACGGGCCGCCGUCCUCGACGUCAUCUCCAGGACAGAGAAGAUGAGCUUGUCGCGUCUUUGA